UGAAACUGCCUCUAAAGCUAAAGCUACUCUCGCUCCAUCAAACCAACCCUCCCACCAUCACCAAAGAUAUAUACUAUUACUACAUAGUUAACAAACUUUAUCUGCCUCCUGUCCUGCUAAUCUAUAUAUCCCCUCUCCACUACUGCUACCUUCUCUCGCGCGUCUCUGCUCAAAGAAUAAUGUCAGCGUAGCCUAGCUAGCUCAUAGGGAUUCCUCUUUCAUCCCUCCUGAGAUCGACGAUCUCACCAAUUAAGAACACACACGCACACAGCAGCUACGUACGUACCUAGCUAGCUAGCAUGAUGGACCAUCAGCUGUUCGACGACCCCUUCGGGAGCAGCAUCUCGUCGCUGGAGGCGGAAAUCUUCUCCGCCGCCGCCCAGCUGCCGCCGUCGCCGCCGUGGCCAGACAUCGACCUCGACGACGACUACGACAUCCACGACCUCUCCGCGCCGGCCGCCAACGCCGCUACGUCCUCGGGCGGCGGCUACGGCUCCGGCGGCUCCGGCGGCCACAGGAAGCUCAGCCACAACGCGUACGAGCGCGGCCGCCGGAAGCAGCUCAACGAGCUCUACUCCUCCCUCCGCUCCCUGCUCCCGGACGCCGACCAAACUAAGAAGCUGAGCAUCCCCACCACCGUGUCCCGAGUUCUCAAGUACAUCCCGGAGCUGCAGAAGCAGGUGGACAACCUGGAGAGGAGGAAGAAGGAGCUGACCAACGCCAACUGCAAGCCGGGAGUUCUGAAAACCACCAAGGCCGUAACUCCCAUUGUUUCUGCUACCUGCCUCAACGACACGGAGAUCAUGGUUCAGGUCAGCCUGCACAGCGAUGUGGCCGCCACAGCUCUCCCUCUCUCCAAGUGCAUCAAGGUGCUAGAGAACGAAGGCCUUCAUCUCGUCAGCUCAUCAACCUACUCCUCCGCCUUUGAGAACAAGACAUUCUACAGCCUCCAUCUUCAGAGAAGUCAAAGAACGAUGAAGGAGGAGUGCCCGGCAUUCUGCGAGCAACUGGAGAAGAUCGUCAGGAAGAAAGCAGGGGCGUAGCCAGCUGCAGCCUGCAGGAGGAGUGUGCUGGCGCAUGCGUUCACCAUUCCUCUGCGUGCUACUCCAGCCAUAAGCACACACAGCUAGCUAAUUAAGGUAUUUUAGUCUGUAAAUAAUGGACUGUGUAGUCGUGUGUGUGUGUGUGUGUCGUAACUGUGAAAGUCGCCGAUGGAUGCAUAAUAUAUAUGUGGUUUUUCCCUUAAACAAAUUGGAUAGAUCCUUUGGUUCUA